AACAUCAGUUAACAUCUGACUCCAGGCAGCUCACUCACAUCCACCACAUCUGGGAUCCAGGGAGGAAGCAGGUCGUGGGGUGCAUCAUGAUUUCAUCAUUCUUGGUAUUGGCCAUUGGUGCCUGCCUUAGCAACUCCUUAGUGCCAGAGAAAGAGAAAGACCCCAAUUACUGGCGAGUCCAGGCUCAGCAGACACUGAAAAAUGCCCUGGAACUUCAGAAUCUCAACACAAACGUGGCCAAGAAUGUCAUCAUGUUCCUGGGGGAUGGGAUGGGUGUCUCCACGGUGACAGCCGCUCGGAUCCUCAAGGGUCAGCUACACCACAAGCCUGGGGAGGAGACCAGACUAGAGAUGGACAAGUUUCCCUUCGUGGCCCUUUCCAAGACAUACAACACGAACGCUCAGGUCCCUGACAGCGCAGGCACUGCCACAGCCUACUUGUGUGGGGUGAAGGCCAACGAGGGCACCGUGGGGGUGAGUGCAGCGACCGAGCGCUCCCACUGCAACACCACUCAGGGGAACGAGGUCACCUCCAUCCUGCGCUGGGCCAAGGACGCUGGGAAGUCUGUGGGCAUCGUGACCACCACUCGAGUGAACCAUGCCACUCCCAGUGCUGCCUACGCCCACUCUGCUGAUCGAGACUGGUACUCAGACAACGAGAUGCCCCCAGAGGCCCUGAGCCAGGGCUGCAAAGAUAUUGCUUAUCAGCUCAUGCACAACAUCAGGGACAUUGAGGUGAUCAUGGGAGGUGGCCGGAAGUAUAUGUUCCCCAAAAAUAGAACUGACGUGGAGUAUGAGAUGGAUGAGAAGGCCAGGGGCACCAGGCUAGAUGGCCUGAACCUCAUCGACAUCUGGAAGAGCUUCAAACCAAGACACAAGCACUCCCACUACGUCUGGAACCGCACCGAACUCCUGGCCCUCGACCUCCGUGCUGUGGACUAUCUGUUGGGUCUCUUCGAGCCAGGGGACAUGCAGUACGAGCUGAACAGAAACAAUGUGACAGACCCAUCACUCUCUGAGAUGGUGGAAGUGGCUAUCAAGAUUCUGAGGAAGAACCCCAGAGGCUUCUUCUUGCUGGUGGAAGGAGGCAGGAUUGACCAUGGGCAUCAUGAGGGCAAAGCCAAGCAGGCCUUGCACGAGGCAGUGGAGAUGGACCAGGCCAUCGGCCUGGCAGGCACCAUGACCUCUCUGGAAGACACACUGACUGUGGUCACUGCUGACCACUCCCACGUCUUCACCUUCGGUGGCUACACCCCCCGUGGCAACUCCAUUUUUGGUCUGGCCCCCAUGUUGAGCGACACGGACAAGAAGCCCUUCACUGCCAUCCUAUAUGGCAACGGACCAGGCUACAAAGUGGUGGGCGGUGAGCGAGAGAACGUCUCCAUGGUGGACUAUGCUCACAACAACUACCAGGCCCAGUCAGCUGUCCCCCUGCGCCACGAGACCCACGGUGGGGAGGAUGUAGCCGUCUUCGCCAAGGGCCCAAUGGCGCACCUGCUGCACGGCGUCCACGAACAGAACUACAUCCCCCACGUGAUGGCUUACGCAGCCUGCAUCGGUGCCAACCGCGACCACUGUGCCUUGGACAGCUCAGCGGGCAGCCCCUCUCCAGGUCCCCUGCUGCUCCUACUGGCCCUGCUCCCUGUGAGCAUCCUGUUCUGAGGGCCUGAGGCCUGGGCACACACCAGCCCAUGACAGAUGGCCAGCCUCUCUCUCCCAGAGCUGCCCUCCUGCCUGGCAGCCCACACCUCAAGGGGCGUGGAGGCAGAAGCCCACGAAGCCCCUUCUCAGCUGCCAGAAAAGGGACCCAAGAAACCAAAGCCUGCCGCCCACCUGGCUCCUCUCUGGAAUCCUCUACCGGGGCCAGACCAACUCCUUGCUCUGUUCCCCUCUCAACUGUCCCCUUGGCCAACAGGGUAGGUUUCUCUUGGGUAGGCAAAGAGCACAGACUGCGGAGUUCUCAAAGCAUCUUAUUUUUCUAGCAAACAUAUUUCCCCAGCCCCGGAGGCUCCGGAGCUUCCAUGGAACAUUCCAGAUCU